CUAAACCUUAGCACGCAUGAGACCGAGCUCCCCUCGCCAUCGAGAACCUAUGUGCUGAUAUCCUGCUACUACCUCUAGUUCUGCAUCGCUUCCCUCUGCCCCCAAGGUGACGACAUUGCGCGAUUACAAGGACGUCAACGCGAAAAGAACGAGAUACCAUCCAACAGGCCGGGAAGGGAUAAGAAGGUGCCUUGAUUGGCGACGAUCCCGGGGGUUAGUCCACCGAGCGAGCUGUCGCCAUUCGUAGCAAGCCCCGAACUCCAGCUCCCUAGUCUUCACGAGCUCGCCGUCUCACGUGCACCUUCGCCUCUCCCCUCUAGAAGGGCCACUGUCGAACUCUCAAGACCCCAGGAUCCGAACGACGUACUAGGAAUCAAUUCAAUUGCUAUCUAUCUCGCCGUCACCAUGGCCUUCCUCAUACUGGUCAUCGGCGAUCUCCACAUCCCGGACCGCGCCCUAGACAUUCCCGCCAAGUUCAAGAAACUCCUAGCCCCGGGGAAGAUCGGCCAGACCCUCUGCCUAGGCAACCUGACCGACCGGCACACGUACGAAUAUUUGCGCUCCGUCGCUCCAGAUCUCAAGAUCGUCAAGGGCCGCUACGACGUCGAAGCCGCCGGCCUCCCUUUGACCCAAGUGGUUACCCAUGGCUCCCUCCGCAUCGGCUUCUUGGAGGGGUUCUCUCUAGUUUCCAACGAGCCCGACCUGCUCCUCGCCGAGGCCAACAAGCUCGAUGUCGAUGUUCUUUGCUGGGGGGGCACCCACCGCUUCGAUGCUUUCGAGUAUAUGGACAAGUUCUUCGUCAAUCCAGGCAGUGCGACGGGGGCUUUUCAUCCCAGCUGGGAAAAGGAGGGCGAGGAGCCAGUGCCGAGUUUCUGUCUUAUGGAUGUACAAGGCAUAUCGUUGACACUCUACGUUUACCAACUACGGAAAGACGACAAGGGAAACGAGAGCGUGGCUGUUGAAAAGGUUACCUAUACCAAGCCCGUGGAGCCAUCCGGUGGUUCAUAAUCACAGAACGCAUAUGAGAUGGCUGGUGAAUUGGUAUGAGGCUCCAAGGUGUGGUUCCAUCCUGGCAUAGAUAUGGAUGGCGACGGGAAGCGAAGUCAGUGAAGCAGUGCACGUUAAUGAACGCGAGUAUGUCCAACAACUCCAUACAAUCGCAGGAGCGAGCGGGUUCUCGUCUAGCCUAUAUCCUAGUUCCCGCUGUCAUUCAGAAGUCAUCCAAGGGAAGACUCGAGCGCGAAGUCCACCGAAAAACUCUUACAUGCAAGUAAACAGAAAAAGAGUGCGAAGCAUGUAACGAGGCUCCGUGGUAUCUUGGUAACAAGGGCUUUAUACGCCUCCCCAAUCUGCCAAACGCCCCGGGAAAAGAGGGAAAGAGACACGGCCGGUAGCAAGGUACGGUCGGAUGUCGGACCGCCUCUCGGAAGCAACCAAAAGAAAAAACCCCCCACAACUUAGAGUCGCAUCAUUAUAAAGGUGUUCAUGAGGGUCCUU